UGAGGAAUGUGGACGGAGGAGUUCCUGGUUGCAACAGGGUGGAGUCUCCCGUGGAGGUCUGGUUCAGCUGGUGUCACUUCCCUGUUGACACGCAGCCGACUGAUCUGGAGCCACACUCACUGGAAUCUCAUCCCAGAGCAACAGUGCAUGCGUGUCCUGCCUGCAGAAUGCUUUACACAGACUUGCUGAGGUUGUGGGAUGAGGCGGUGCGUGCUGUGGAUGCCAAGGACUGGAUAGGAGCUCUGGCUAAACUUGAACAGAUCACCGAACCCACGUCUCGCACCCUGUUUGUCUCCGCCUCAGCUCAUCUGGCCCUGGGAGAGCUGGAAGAGGCACAAAAGGCUUUAGACAUCACCAUUGCAAAGGAUGAACGUCUUGCUGUUGCCUUUUUCCAGCGAGCGGCCAUGAUGAUGCAGAUUGACAGGUUGGAGGAGGCUCUGUCAGAUUGUAUCUGGGCUCAGAAGCAUAUGCGAGGAAACAUGGUCAUCGACUACAAACAGCUCGGACUGCGCUUUAAACUGCACAGCUGGCAGGUGUUAUACAACGCAGCAGCUGUUUACUGUCGGAUGGGCCAGUGGGAGCGAGCAAGGGAGGUCCUGGUAUCAGCCAUCCAGGAGAAAGGAGCAGGUCGAGGAGGCAACUUUGAAAUGGCUUUGGACAGCAUCAUGAAAGAGGAGGUCCUGUGUCCGCUGGUCGUACCUGAAGGUGUUGUGUUCCGUCCCAGAAAAGAAGAUGUGGAGCAGCUUCAGGAAAGAGACUUCCUGGGAAAACCCAAGGUCAUUUCCUCUGUGAUUCCCAACGAUGAUUUUGGAGGUUUUGAACCACUGAGGCUUCAGAAACCUGGUUUCUAUGAGCCCAAAGUGGACGGAGCUCAAGAUUCUCGGUACAUGCGCCUGCGCGCUCCCUAUAUGGGUCGGAGCCCCGGUCAGCUGACAGCUCCGGGGGGAGCGAUGGUCUUUCUGUUUGGGGAAGAGGACAGGGACGGGAUGGCAACUGUUAUAUAUGAUGGACAGAGAGGACUUCUGCCGAUGUCCCUGCUCGAUCCGGCGGAUGUCAAGACGUCAAAACGCAAAAAAGACAAUAUGCAGAGAGUCCCCAGUGGGAUUCCUCUUCCCCCAGGCCAAAAGCCCCCUGCUCGCCCACAGUCCAGGCCCGCCUCUGCAGCUCCUCCCCAAACUAAAAAAGGGCGCACUGUUGGAGAAACUCCACCUCCAUCCUACAUCACCGCCACCCGUGUACCUCUGCCAGAAAGAAAGACCACACCGUCCACAGCCACAAACCAGCCUGAGAGCGCCGCUAAGGAUCCAGAGGUGGACUCAGUCGUGGUGAAGGUCCACUACCUGUACACUGUGGCUUUGUCUUUGCCGGUCACCACACCCUUCCAGGAGCUGAAAGAGCGCAUUGCAGAAAAAGUGGGCCAGCCUGCUGCUCUGCUGCGCCUCAGGCAGCGGCAGCACGGCUCCCGGGCGCUGACCCCUCUGUGUGAUGAAUGGCAGCAAGGGUCCACUCUGCAGGAGGUGGCAGAGGAGGGCAGAGCCACCCUGUGGUGCCAGACUGAAGACCCUCUGCUCUGCCGUGCCAUCCUGUACCAGAUGGUGGCACUGUAUGAUUAUGCAGGUCAGGGCCCAGAAGACUUGGAGUUCAGUGAAGGAGACACAAUUGACAUUCUGGGUGAAGUUAAUGAAGAAUGGCUAGAAGGACACUGUGCAGGAAACAUUGGCAUCUUCCCCAGCUGCUUUGCCUACAGAGAGAGCCCCACCAACAACCAGAGUUUUGAGAACUAAGGUCAUUUUCCAGACAGUGGGGUCACCCGAGGCUCAUUAUGAACCACGUUUUUUAAGACAGCAAUUUACUUCAUUCCAAGAGAAGAGUAUAUGUUGUAAUGUCAACGUUUUGUAUAGUAUUUGAACUACUGCAUUUGAGUGCGUAAUCUGUGUGCAAUUUGGGGACAGGAUACCCCCAUUUUAUUUCAUGUAAUUACUGCCUUCAAUCCAGUUUCAUCGUGUGUAUAUGCAGAUUGAAUGUGCAUUGUGAAUCUGCCUAUUUAAGAUGUAUCCUAAUGUUACACCAGUUAAAUAACCGUAAAAGUACUGCACUCAGCUUUAGACCACGUUUUUAUGGUUCUGUAGAACAAUUACUUUAUGCUGCCUCGCAAUAGUAAUACCAAUAUAUACACCUCAUUUUAAGAACAACACAGUAUGGGUGCACAAAUAAGAAUAUGACAAUGACAACUGGGCGCACAAAUAAGAGUAUGACAAUAACAACUGUAAAUACAGCGGAGAAGGUCCCUUGAGCUUUGUUAAAGGUGUUAAAAAACCUUGAAGAAAUUAUGCCAAGUGUGUCAGUAGAGAGAACAUCGUACAGCUGGCAGUGGCUGCACUUUGUUUAGCAGUCUAUAUAUAUAUAUAAUAGCCCGUAUGUAUGUAUGUGGCAUGAUUUGUGUUCAGAGUGAACUUCCGUAGCAAUCAAGCGAUCAACACCAAACUUGGUAUGGUGACUGGGGGCACCUAGGCGGGCAUCUUUGAGGCCCUUGUGUUGAAAGUGCACAUGCGCGAACACACAUACACACACAUGCACACUAGAUUAAAGCAUCACACGCACACUAGAUUAAAGCAUCACACACACACACACACACACUAGAUUAAAGCAUCACACACACGUUAAAGUAAUAAUGAUUAAGGCUGAAUUCUGUAAUAGAUAAAUAGAUAAAGAGAAUAGAAUAAAGCAUUAAAUUAUUGGUUGCCCAGUAACCAUAAAGGAUUAAAGUGAAAGUUCUUUUUGUCUAAGAUUUCUAGCAAUAAUGAUUAAAGCUGAAUUCUGUGAUAGAUCUAUAGAUUAUUUCUAGCAAUAAUGAUUAAAGCUGAAUUAUGUAACAGCUAAAAAGAUAAACAGAACAGAUUAAAGCAUUAAAUUAGAUUGCCCAGUAACCAUAAAGAAUUAAAGUGAAAGUUCUUUUGUGUAAGAUUUCUAGUAAUAAUGUUUAAAGCUGAAUUCUGUAAUAGAUAAAUAGAUAAAGAGAAUAGAUUAAAGCAUUAAAUUAUUGGUUGCCCAGUAACCAUAAAGAAUUAAAGUGAAAGUUCUUAAGGUACAAAGUGACAUCAAAUCAUAAAGGCACAGAAGUG